AUGCCUAUCGCGGUAAAGCUUCAAGCUCUACAGGCCCUCAAGGGUUCGUCUCGGCGGCCGUUUGACGGUGAACGCACGGGUCACACACAAAUCGACAAUAACACCCUUGAAGAUCAAGUCUUGACUUCUCUCGGCGUGUUGGUUAGCAGGAGUGGCAGGCAAACGUUCACCGAUCCGGGACACGGUCAACAAGCAGGAUUUCAGCGGGAUCUUCCGCCGGUCGUGGUUCAAAUUGAGCCCCCCGGCUCGAGUCGUUCGCUCACCACUGUGGCGAUCGCCGACGGUUCCGGCUCCGAUGACAGCAAGCGGCGACGACAAUGA